GCAGUUCGAGAUAUAUAUAGUUUCUCCUUCUCCUUCUCUCUAUCACUAUCCCUCCAUCGCCCUCUUUCCGCCCCCAUUUUGCCGGACAAAUCUGCAAGUUUAAGCGGUAGACUUUGUAGCUUUUGUUGUUGCAAUGGAGAUUUCCGCACCAACUCCACACCCACAUUCAAUUUCUAUCAAGAUAUGGCCUCCAAGCCAGAAUACUCGUUUAACGCUUGUGGAGAGAAUUGUCGAUAAUCUCUUGAACCAAUCUAUUUCUACCCUGAAAUAUGGCUUCUUGACUAAGGAAGAGGCUGCAAAGAAUGGAAAAGAGAUUGAAGAAUCUGCUUUCAAGAUUGGAAAUGAACUCUUUGAGAAGGAGUCUGAUGGUGAUGGAAAUUCUGCUGUUCAGCUAUAUGCUAAGGAAUGUAGCAAGAACAUUUUGGAAAUCCUGAAAAGGGGUUCUAGACCAAAGGAGGUGAAAGAAACUUGUUUUGAUAUAUCUAAUGGAAAACGUGCCUUUAUUGAAGAAGAGGAGGCUCGGGAGCUUUUAAAGCCUCUUAAGGAACCGGGAAACUGUUUUACCAAGAUUUGCUUUAGUAAUCGAAGCUUUGGUUUGGGUGCAGCUAAUGUUGCUAAACCUAUUCUAGAAUCUAUCAAGAAUCAGUUGGAAGAAGUUGAUCUGUCUGAUUUUGUGGCUGGAAGACCAGAAGAAGAAGCUCUUCAGGUCAUGAACAUAUUCUCAGCUGCGCUUGAAGGAUCUGUCCUGAGAUUGCUAGAUCUUUCGAAUAAUGCAUUGGGCGAGAAAGGGGUUAGAGCGUUUGAGAAGCUUCUGAAAUCACAGAGCAAACUAGAGAAACUCUAUUUGAUGAACGAUGGUAUUUCUGAAGAAGCUGCAGGAGCUGUCUGCGAAUUGAUUCCUUCAACGGCGAAUCUCAAAGUGCUACACUUCCAUAACAACAUGACUGGAGAUGAAGGGGCUUUAGCAAUUGCUGAAAUUGUGAAGCAAUCUCCCUUGCUGGAGGACUUUAGAUGCUCCUCCACAAGGGUGGAAUCUGACGGUGGUAUUGCUUUGUGCGAAGCUCUUGAAACCUGUUCUCAAUUGAAGAGGCUUGAUUUACGAGACAACAUGUUUGGUGUAGAAGCAGGAAAAUCUCUUAGUAAAACUAUUCUGAAACGUGGAAAUCUUAUCGAAGAGAUUUAUUUGAGUUACUUGAAUCUAGAAGAUGAAGGUGUGAUUGCUAUAGUUGAUGCUCUGAAAGAAUCAUCUCCACUGCUGGAAGUUCUUGACAUUGCUGGAAACGAUAUAACAGCCGGAGCUGCCCCUAGUAUAGUGGCAUGUAUAAAGGAAAAGGAAUAUCUGGUGAAAUUGAUCCUAUCUGAGAACGAUCUCAAGGAUGAAGGGGCGAUUGAGAUCAGUUCAGCACUAGAGGCAAGCCAUGGGCCACUAAAAGAGGUUGAUCUUAGUGUGAAUUCAAUUAGGAGGGCUGGGGCUAGGAUGAUUGCCCAAGCUGUGGUUGGAAAACCGGAAAUGAAGUUGUUGAACCUGGAUGGGAAUUUCAUAUCUGAUGAAGGUGUUGAUGAGUUGAAGAGUAUAUUCAAAUCAUCUCCUGGUGUUCUUGGUUCGUUAGAUGAAAAUGAUCCAGAGGGAAGUGAUGAUCAUGACAGUGAGACUGAAGAAAAAGAAUCUGGAGACGACGACGAAGAUGAUUUGGAGGCAGAGAUGAAGAAGCUUGGAAUCAAUUCUUCUUCUUAAGAGGUACUAUCUAGUUAUUAUGUGUUUUUGGCUAGUAUAAGAUUUUGAUGGACUAAUGUUCUGUAUUUCUUUCUACUUUUAGUUAGAUUUGUGUUUUUUUUGCACAUUAAUUCUUCAGGUUUACCCCUGAAAGUAAUGAAAGGCUCUCUUUUCACUGA